UAACUGUAUAAAUGUGAGGGUGGUGGAGCUCAAACAGCAGAGAGGACAAGCUGAUACAGCUAGACUGAGACUUCAUCACACUGCUACACUGAAAGAAACACAUUCGCACACAUCAGGAUGGCUGCUCUUCGUCUCACUCUGUCUGUGUUUGUGCUGUUGCUGGCUGUCAGUCUGAGUGAAGGUAUGCGUGGUGUGGGACCAAAGAGAUGCUGCUUCAGCUUCAAUGAGACCCCGGUGGUUAAAAGCAGAGUGGUAGGAUAUGUCAAGACCAGCCAGCGGUGCUCCAACCCUGCCAUCCUGUUAAGGACAGUAGCAGGUCGUCAGCUGUGUGUCAGGCCUUCAGCCCCAUGGGUGAAGAGUCUCAUCAGCUACCUUGAUGCCAAACUGCUCCCAGGACAAACGUCCAACCUGUAACCAUGGUAACACCAUAUCCAAAACAAGAGCAUCCAGAGAACAAAAUCUUGCCUUUGAGGGGUGCCAUGAUGCUGCAACUUUUCAAACUUUAACUUGUAAAAAAAAAGUAUUUUGACCACAAAUACCUUUUACUACCUCCAACAUUUUGUCUGCAAGGAGGGCAAACUCCAACUAAAGCUAUCUUUCUAUCAUCAUGCAAAAUAUAAACCUUAAAUUUGGUUGUGUUGUAUAAUAUGCUUUUGGAUAAAAUCACUGGGAUGUGUUAUUUUAUUGUUAAUAAUAAUUUAGUUUUGAGUUGAAAUUGGUUGAUUACUAACUAUUUUUAAAUCAUUAAAAAUUGCAGAAUUUCAGAUCCAAAUAUGUGUAAUUACUGUAUUAAUAAGUAUAGUUAUUUUAAUACUGCACUGAAAAUAUGAGAACCAACACUGUGAACUACUUCUAAAAAAGAGUUAUGUCUCCCAACUCCACUUGCUGUCAUCAGUAGAGUAUAAGCUAUAGGUUAUACCCAACUGUUUCUACACUGUGAGCUCUUUUUCAACACAGUUACACUGUUACUUAUAGAGAUAAGAGUGUAAUUCAAUUAGAAAAUGUAUUUAUUUCUGUGUACUUCUACAACUUAUGUGAUUCCUUUGAAUAAAGCCAAGACAACAUA